CUCCAAAUCAAACUAAAGUGUAAAAGAAAAAUGGGUGAAGAGGGAAAGGCGAGCCUAGUGUUCAUCCCAUUCCCCGUGGUGAGCCACCUGGUCGCGGCGGUGAAGACGGGCGAGCUCCUCGCCUCCCGCGACAGCCGCCUCUCCAUCACGGUCCUCGUCAUGAGCAUGCCGACCGACACCAAGAUCAGCUCCUACAUCACGAAUCCGCAGAUCAACUUCGUGCGCCUCGAACAAGUCCAUGAAUCCAGCGCAGGAGAGGAAGCCAUGAAGCCUCCGAAAAGCAUGAUGCAUUUCGCCGGCCGCCAUAAGGCCUCAGUCCACGGUGUCGUGUCGCAGAUGAUGAAAUUCCGUAGAGUUGCCGCGAUUUUCGUCGACAUUAUGUGCGUCGACAUGAUCGAUGUGGCGAAGGAGCUCGGCAUCUCGAGCUACGUCUUCUUCGCUAGUGGUGCUGCGAUUCUCGGGCUCAUGUUCGAUCUGCAGAGCCUUGGGGAUUUGGCGGAGUUUGAUGGGUCAGAUGAGGUGAUUUCGAUCUCAUCGUAUGUCAACCCUGUUCCGGCUAGGGUUUGGCCGGAUCCGGUGUUUGACCAGGAGAGCGGCUUCCUCGAGCUGUCGAGGAAGGCGCGGGAAGCCGAUGGGAUCGCGAUCAACACUUUUCUCGAGCUGGAGCCUCGUGCGAUUAGCUCCAACUCUGGUGAUGAGCGGAUCCCGAGGUUUUUCCCUAUCGGGCCAAUCAUCGGGGGUGAGGGAGAGGAGAGUGAUGAGAGUAGGCGGAAGCGCGACGAAAUCGUAAGGUGGCUAGACGACCAACCUGAUUCGUCGGUCGUCUUUCUCUGCUUCGGAAGCUUUGGUGCUUUCGAGGCAGAGCAGGUGGUGGAGAUCGCGGAAGCAUUGGAGCAGAGUGGGAAACGGUUUUUAUGGUCGCUGAGGAAGCCGGCUCCCGAAAAGGGGAUUGUUUUCCCGGGGGAGUACGAGAAUCCCGGAGAAGUGCUGCCGGAAGGGUUCCUUGACCGCACGGCGGGGGUGGGUAAGGUGAUCGGGUGGGCCCCUCAGAUAGCGGUGUUGUCUCACCCUUCAGUGGGAGGAUUUGUGUCCCACUGUGGGUGGAACUCGACUCUAGAAAGUGUCUGUUGCGGGGUUUCCAUGGCUGCAUGGCCAUUGGGGGCCGAGCAGCAGGCCAAUGCAUUCUUAUUGGUCAAGGACAUUGGAAUUGCUGUCGAGAUUAAAAUGGAUUAUCGGAAGAAUAGUGGUGAGAUAGUGGCAAAAGACAUUAUCGGGAAGGCAAUCGAGCAGCUGAUGGACCCCACAAAUGAGAUUCGAGCUAGGGUUAAAGAGUUGGAGGAGAAGAGCACAAUGGCGCUCAUGGAAGGAGGAUCAUCGUAUAAUUAUUUAGAUUGUCUAAUUCAAGAUUUCUUCCAAAGUUGUUGAAUGUUGCUGCGAUCAGCAAUUGUAACCAUGGAUAUUAUAUAUCGUCAAUAAUACAAAUGAUUUAAAUUUACUUAAA